GCCAGUGGAGUAGGAAGCCACUCCGGCCUCCCUGCUGGUCUCCUGUCCACCCAUUAUUCCCUCUCUUUCCAUCCUUCAAUUUAAGACAGGCGGAGAUACAAGUACUCACCUAAUCGUGGUUGCUGGGGUCGAGUCAUAGCUCCUGGCCCCGCCUCUUCAUUGCUACGGUCAUCAUUGGGAUAAAAGUUAAAAGUCACAUUGUUUUUUAAGUCAUGGUUGGUCGGCAGACAGUGCUGACGGUGGUAGCUGGUGCAGUCUGCCUAGUGAUUGGUGGUCUGGUGGGUCACUACUGCAUUAAGAACCUCUCCAGCACUGACAAGGAGAAGAUCAGAAUCAUGGAGGAACUGGUGGCAGACAAGUGGGAUUCUGAAAGCGAACUGAACCACAAGAUUAUGGAGUCGAUAAACAGAGAUAAUCUCAGAACUAACCUCAAGGAACUCAGCAGGUUGCCACAUCUAGCUGGUACAGAGAGAGACCACCAGCUGGCCCGUAUGAUACGUGAUAAGUUUAUGGAAGCUGGGUUUGACACCGCUGACCUUGUUCCUUACGAUGUGCUUCUCUCCAGACCCAACCACACCAACCCUAACCUGGUGACUCUUGAAGACGGUGAGGGUCGAGUGGUGUUCAGCAGCGCCUACAAGGAGAAGCUACUGCUGGAGGAGGAGGAUCAACCGGACUCAGUCCAUGCUUUUAAUGGUUUCACUCCAGCAGGAGAGGUGCGUACAGAGUCUGGUCGAGGGCUGGUGUACGCCAACUACGCCAGAGUGGAGGACUUCGACAGACUGGAAGAACUCAACGUCAGCGUCAGAGGCUGCGUCGUUAUCGCUCGUUAUGGCAAGAUCUUCAGAGGGAACAAGCUGGUGCAUGCAGAGAAGCGAGGCGCCAUAGGCUUGAUUCUCUUCUCAGACCCCAACGAUGUGGCUCUUGAAGGACAGGAGAAGGAGGCCGUGUACCCCAAUACCUGGUGGCUCCCCGGGUCAGGCAUAGAGCGAGGGUCCACCUUCCUCAUUAGUGGCGACCCUCUGACUCCUGGCUGGCCUUCCACAGCUCAGGCCUACAGGCUUAAGAUUGAGGAUAUUGACUUGCAUAAGAUUCCUUGCCAGCCUAUUGGUUACGACGACGCCCGUGUUAUACUUGGGAAGAUCGGUGGUACUCCAGCCCCCAGUGACGCCUGGAAGGGUGGUCUGGCAGGCGUGGAGUACAACCUCGGACCGGAGCUCAAGAAUCAGUUCUCCUCAUACAUACUGAGACUAAGCACUCACAAUGUGUUUCAAGUCUACCGUUCUUACAACGUCAUUGGCACCAUUAGAGGGAAAGUAGAGCCAGACCGCUACAUAAUGAUCGGGAAUCACCGUGAUUCCUGGGUCUACGGUGCCAGUGACCCAUCUAGUGGCACUGCCCAGAUGCUGGAGACUGCGCGUGUUCUCGGUCAACUCAUCAGCAGUGUGGGUUGGCGACCACGACGGACUCUUGUCUUCUGUAGUUGGGGCGCGGAAGAGUACGGUCUUAUUGGAUCCACGGAGUGGGUGGAGGAACACGUGAACAAACUACAAGAGAGAGCAGUGAUGUACCUCAACACUGACACCUGUGCUGCUGGACCUAUCAUCAACGUACCCAGUAGUCCCCUUCUCUGGGACCCUCUUACCACGAUAAUGAAAUUGGUGCCUGGUGUCAGAGAUGGUGCCACUAUAUAUGACGAGUGGAGAGCUCAUAAUGCUGCCCAGAAUCGGAAUCAAACCUCGCCUGAGAUGAGGACACUGGGUUCAGGAAGCGAUUACGACGCCUUUUAUUUUCUAUGUGGCAUCCCGUGUGUGGACUUUAGGUUCAGGAGAGACAAGAAUAAGUACGACAUCUCCAGAUUCCCCGCCUACCACUCUGGCUACGACACCUUCUAUAUGGUGGAUAAGAAUAUCGACCCAGGAUUCAGGAUUCACCAGGGCUGCAGCAGGAUCGCAUCCCUCCUGCUCAAGUAUUUCGCUGACUCCCUCAUCUUGCCUUACAGCCUCCAACACUUGCCGAAGGUCAUGCAGAAGACCCUGGACGUCUUCAGGGAGAGUGGCAAGCGAGACAAACUGAUGAAGAUCUGUGGAAAGUAUAGUGUCCUGGAAGAAUCUCUGGAAAACUUUACUGACGCUGUGACCACCUUCGUGAGGCACCUGGAGGAGGAGAGGCUGAAGAACCUGGAUCCAGUCAGCAUCCGAGCCAUCAAUGACCAGAUGAUGAAGAUUGAACAAGUCUUCAUUCUGCCAAUAGGUCUACCUGGUCGACCAAACGUCAGGCAUGCAGUGUUUGCCCCGAGUCAGUUCGACUACUACUCGACCUCCUGCUUCCCCGGAAUUACUGAUCUCCUGUACGGAAUGGAGGACCUGAGUGGCAGGGACCGUCUGAUGAGAGAGGAUCAGAUCAAGAGGCACGUCUCUGAUCUCACCAUAAUGAUUCAGAGAGCCAGUAGCUACUUACGGGACUUUCACGUUAUCUAGAGGGAUGUUAUCGUUACUAACAUGACUUCGACGUUAUCUAGAGGGAUGUUAUCGUUACUAACAAGACUUCGACGUUAUCUAGAGGGAUGUUAUCGUUACUAACAAGACUUCGACGUUAUCUAGAGGGAUGUUAUCGUUACUCACAAGACUUCGACGUUAUCUAGAGGGAUGUUAUCGUUACUCACAAGACUUCGACGUUAUCUAGAGGGAUGUUAUCGUUACUCACAAGACUUCGACGUUAUCUAGAGGGAUGUUAUCGUUACUCACAAGACUUCGACGUUAUCUAGAGGGAUGUUAUCGUUACUCACAAGACUUCGACGUUAUCUAGAGGAAUGUUAUCGUCUUGUCUUCCACUCUAAGAGCUUCAAGAAGACAGUUCCUGGUUUUAAUGACUCUUCAAUAGUUUCUCCACGAUUAUGUUAGGUUAGGUUAGGUUAGGUUAUGUUAGGUUAGGUUAUGUUAGGUUAGGUUAUGUUAGGUUAGGUUAGGUUAGGUUAUGUUAGGUUAGGUUAUGUUAGGUUAGGUUAGGUUAGGUUAUGUUAGGUUAUGUUAGGUUAUGUUAGGUUAGGUUAUAUUAUGUUAGGUUAGGUUAGGUUAGGUUAGAUUAGGUUAGGUUAUGUUAUGUUAUGUUAUGUUAUGUUAUGUUAUGUUAUGUUAUGUUAUGUUAUAUUAUGUUAUGUUAUGUUAUGUUAUGUUAGGUUAGGUUAGAUUAAGUUAGGUUAGGUUAGGAUAGGUUAGGUUAGGAUAGGUUAGGUUAGGAUAGGCUAUGUUAGGUUAGGUUAGGUUAGGUUAGGUUAGGUUAGGAUAGGUUAGGUUAGGUUAGGUUAGGUUAGGUUAGGUUAGGUUAGGUUAGGUUAGGUUAGGUUAGGAUAGGUUAGGUUAGGUUAGGUUAGGUUAGGAUAGGUUAGGUUAGGUUAGGUUAAUUUAGGUUAGGUUAGGUUAGGAUAGGUUAGGUAAGAUUCCACGGGAAGCAGGACAAGAGUUUCCUUAGUCACAUAAUGACCCGCAGCUGGAGUUCUUGGUCAUCUGACUGAGACCUUUCCCAGGCUUACCAUUUUAAAAAUAAAGACUAUAAUAAUUAGUAUUAUUACGUAAUUGCUUUCGUAUAUAUUGUAAUUAAAACACAGUUCUAGGCUAACAAAAGCUUGAAGAAAAUAGCCAUUAUUAAUGAUACGAUAGAAUUACACACAUGUACAACAUCUGGAUGUCUUUCUUGUAGAUGUUUCGCCCAUCCAGCGGCUUCAUCAGUACAAAUUCAAGGACAUAAUGGGAAGACUGUAGAUGAGGUGAUCAGUACCUCAGUCUAUCAGUCUCGAGAUUGAUGGACUGAACACAUCGACUCAAGGCUGAGGGACUGAUUGCCUCACACUCCUCAUUUUCCUUCGUUCUUCUCUGUAUUGGACUGGAGAAGCCACUGGCUGGCGAAACGUUUCCACAGCAAAAAUUUCGAAAUGUUGCACCAGCUGUGUCCCUGUCAGCGGCAUCAGCGGCCCUGUCAGCGGCACCAUUUUUGUCCCUGUCAGCGGCACCAGCGGCCCUGUCAGCGGCACCAGCGGCCCUGUCAGCGGCACCAUUUGUGUCCCUGUCAGCGGCACCAGCGGCCCUGUCAGCGGCACCAUCUGUGUCCCUGUCAGCGGCACCAGCGGCCCUGUCAGCGGCACCAUCUGUGUCCCUGUCAGCGGCACCAGCGGCCCUGUCAGCGGCACCGUCUGUGUCCCUGGUCACAUACAGGUUCGUCCCCACACUGCAUACACUCACGUAUGUUUCGCCCAGGUAGAUCUGUUUGUGACUUGAUAAACCCCAGUGUCUGGGCGAAACCUUGUCAACAAACAAUGGCAUUCUACCUCAUCUGUGUUCAUUUUCACCUGACUGCGGCCGAGCUGACGCCUUCCCACAGCCCCAGUAACUGUCCCAGUUAGUUUAUCCUCACUCAGUUUAAGUCGAUUAUUUCGACUUGAGUCCCUAGACUAAAUGGAUUUUUAAAUACUUGUUUAUCAGGUCCUUCUCUAAACCUUUCCUGUAUAAACAAUGCAACAUGUGGGAAUAAAUAUUGAAUGUUGAA